CAAACAAGAUACAAAAAGUGUUAGGGUGAAAACGAUGCACGAUGCGUCCCGGCGGCUGCAGGAUUGCCUCGCUGAGAUGUACGAACCCGACUGGUUUGGAAAGGAAGAGAUGGACGCGCUGACAGAGGACACAGACACUCUGUGGUUGGAUUACCACCAGAACAUCACGGACAAAUCUCUGAACACCCUGGACUCGUACCUGACUCAGUUCCCUGACAUCAAGGCUCGCAUAGCGAAGCGCGACAGGAAGAUGGUGGACUUCGACAGCGCCAGGCAUCACUUCAGCUCCUUACAGAAAGGGAAGAAGAAGGACGAGGCCAAGAUCGCCAAG